CUUCUGCUUCUCCAUCAUAACCUUCCACUGACCCUAUUAUCCAAACGCGAGGUCGCCCACCGGCUUCCCUAUCUCUUUCUGAGAUACGUAGGUAUUGUUGUCCUUGUUGGUGAGCUACAAUGGCCUUCCAAAUUGCUCGUGAGUGGCUUGGUAUCCAGAACUUUCCGGUAGCUACGCAGACGAGAUUGAUGGAGUUGCUUGGGAAGUUGAAGCAAGAGAAUGUGAGCACGUUGACGAUUCUAGUGAUGGGAAAGGGAGGCAUGGGGAAGUCGUCCACCGUUAAUUCAAUUUUAGGGGAGCGGAUUGCUUCAGUUAGUGCCUUCCAGUCAGAGGGGCUGAGGCCGAUCAUGUGUUCAAGGACACGGGCAGGAUUUACUUUGAACAUUGUUGACACUCCAGGGAUUGUUGAAGGAGGAUAUGUUAAUGAACAAGCCAUUGGAAUCAUAAAGAGGUUUCUUCUUAACAAGUCCAUUGAUGUGCUUCUUUAUGUGGACCGACUAGAUGCAUAUAGAAUGGAUACCUUGGACAGACAAGUUGUGAAAGCCAUUACAGAUACUUUUGGCAGAACAAUAUGGCGAAGGAGUUUGGUUGUGUUAACACAUGCUCAGCUGUCUCCACCAGAUGGCUUAAAUUAUGAUGAAUUUGUUGCUCGACGCUCAGAAGCCCUUCUAAGGUAUGUUCAACAGGGUGGUCGACUUUCAAAAAUGGAGUAUCAGAAAAACAAUAUUCCAGUGGUCUUGGUUGAAAACAGUGGCCGGUGCAAGACUAAUGAUAGCGGGGAGAAGAUUCUUCCGAAUGGGACGGCAUGGAUCCCUAGCUUGGUAGAAACAAUCAUCAAUGUGGUAACCAGUGGCGGCCAGUCCAUCUUGGUGGAUCAGAAGUUAAUAGAAGGGCCAAAUGCAAACAGCAGGGGAAAACUUUUCAUACCCCUUAUCCUUGCCUUUCAGUACCUCUUCGUCAUAAAGACCAUACAGCGUUCAAUCAAAGAGGAUAUCAGUAAAGAAAAUAAAUCUAUUUGGGAGCUUCGUGAUGUGGGAAUGGCUGACAACAAAUUCUGACCAAUUCUGUUGAUUUGAAGAAUUUUUUUUCCAUUUACGGAGUUGAUUUUUCUUAUGCUGGUAUCUUUAAUGGCAUUAGGAUACAGAGAAGUUGAGCUUUUUUGUGUCAAGAGUUCUUCAAGGGAUACUUCCUAUGCUGUUUAUUUGAUGACUUUUGGACAUUAACAAGCGUUUGAAAGGACUGGUUUUGGUUCGCA